CGACGUUGAAAUUCAACAUGGCGUAGCGCGGGAACGUAAACAAGAUGGCUGCUGUUGAGUGUUCAUUUUGAUUUAUUUAUGAUGCCAAAAUUACUAAAUAGAUAGUAUUGUGCAUCAUAUCAACUAGACUGUCACCAUGGCUAUGGAAAUGCUAUCAGACAUCAAAGAGACUCACAAUAAGCCCGUGACAGCUGUGGCAUAUAACCCCAUGAAACAUGAAAUACUCAUCGGCUGUGAAGAUGGAGUAAUAAAGGUCUGGGACUACUCUGCCGGGGAGCCUGGUAAAUUACUACGCACUGUGCAUGAACACGAUGGAUGGGUGACUUGCUUCCUAUUUUGGGCUGAAGCCAAGCUGUUGUUCUCUGCUGCUAAUGAUGGUACCUUUAUUGCAUGGGGUUCUGGUGGAGCUGUGCAUGAUAGGAUCUCUAUUGGCUCACCCAUCUACUCCAUGGCCUGGAACACCAGGAGGAACCAGCUUGUGGCGGCUGUUGGUACUACCGUCCAGGUCUUCACCCUAAGGGAUCCAGGCCGUGAAUCAGGCCAUGUUAUUGAUCCUAAAGGAGAUGUUUCAAGGGAACAUACAGAUCUUGUAAAGUGUGUUGUGUGCCAUGAGUCUAGGGUCUAUAGCGCUGGUAAUGACCAGCGACUGAUUGUCUAUGACUCUGCCUUUUCAUAUCAUGGAAAGAACACCUUGGCCGUUGUCUCAAGGGUGAACAAGGCUCACGAUGCUGGGAUCAUCUGCAUGUGCCUUGCACGUGACUCGGAUAACAACACAUGGAUAUUUACCGGCGGUUUCGAUAAAGUGGUCAAAGUCUGGUCUCAAGAUGGACAGUGUAUGCACAAGUUUGAUGGAUUCAGUUCUGCUGUGACAGGGGUCUGUUACGUCAAGCCAAUAAAGACGAUUUGGAUCGCAGGGGGGUCCAUUGGGGCAUCCAUGUAUGACCCGAAGUCAGGCGAUAAUGUGUCCGAUUUCAUUGGGACUUUUCAGAACGAGGAGAGCGGGGCGUAUCCCUUGGUCGCCCUUCACUACAUUCCCGAUCUCGGCCAUGUCAUAGGCACUAACACACGUCGACAUAUUCGUGUGUGGAGGUACAACUCCUCAGGCUGCCUCACGAACCUCAAGAACAAGUGCGCCGUAGAAACGCUAACUUACACUCGCAAGGUGCCUCUGCUAAUAUUCAGUGGCGGAAGUGAUGGCCAGGUUACCAAGUGGGAACGGUUUCAAUCGAACAACUUUAUGUACAGUAAAGAAAUCUUCCCGCACAGUGAGGCUAAGGCUCGACUGGCAGCACAGAUCGCUAAUAAAUAUGACUGGCUGGGACCCAACCGGGGUAUCAUCAAGGACUUAAACCAGAACACUAAACAGAGGCCAAGCUUUGCCAUCAACCAGAUGCCAUCCGAGCACAUCAGUAACAUAGCGCUGCUGCGCUCUGUGUUCGUUGAGGAUCUGGAUCUGCUGGUUGUUGCGUCAGAAGACCAUAACAUAUACGUAUGGGGGUUUGACAUGGAUGCUGUGUCAGUGCUACAAAACAUGCGACCAGCAGACGAGAGCCUGAUCUUCAAGUAUGCCAUCUUACUGGGUGACAAAGUUCCAAGGGCGGAACAAGAGAAUGUUGAGGGCUCCAAAGACCAGGACUCUGUCACCAAUCGCGUGGCGGGAUUUAUCUGUCGUAACGUACUCACAGAGCAUACUAAUUGUGUGACCGGUCUUGCUGUGGUAGGCAAGGAUGCGGGGUAUGGCACAACUUUCCUGAUCAGUGCCGGGUGGGACCGCAGAAUUCUCCUAUGGGAUCUAGAAACAGUCAGACUGCAUGAUAGUUUCCGGAAUACAGAUAGCAACGCCUCGUCCGAGAGUGAAGAACUGGCAUCUGAUGGUAUCAUCUUAGAUCUUACAUACAGUGCGGACAGGGACGAGUUUGCAUAUGCUUCAUCAGACAAGCUUGUCUAUAUCCGUCGGUUCUCAGACAAGGGCAGAGAGAUGAAGCUGUUAGCUGUUCUACAGGGUCAUGAAGCAGAUGUUACUCAGGUUCGCUGGAGCUCAGUUAGGAACAAGUGGGUGACAGGAUCAGAAGAUGGCACCAUCCGAGUCUGGAAUGCAGAUGGCAUGUCUUGUGAACUAGUUUUGAGUGCUCAGGGGGCUGUAUCCGCGUUGUGCAUCGAUCAGGUUAACGGCUGCAUUGUGGCAGGAAUUCAGGAAGUGAUCAGAGUUUAUGACCCUGAGACACGAAAGAUUGUGCAAAAGAAUGUUGGCCACACUGACUCAGUGCGAUGUGUGAUGCACAUUCCUGAGAGAAGUCAGUAUAUAUCAGCGUCAUGGGACAAGACUGUCAGAAUAUGGAAUGCCUUCAAAAACAGUCGUAAAAGAUCAACAAAAGAUAACAAGGAACAAUCAGAAGAUGCAAACAGUUAGGUGCAAGAUGAACAUGAACAGUGAGACCAAUGCAAGAUACUUUUUAAGAUUGUACAAAGGAAUAUUAUAUUUUAAAAUGAAAGAUGUAACAUGAAUUUUUUAAAUUCUUAGCAUUAAAGCACUCCUGAAGUCUACUAAAA